AUGUCACAGGCACGGAGUCAAGCCUCCAAGUUCUCUGAUAGCUAUCCCUCAUCUAUCUUUGAAGGGAACCCUCUCGUAAAUUUAUCUUUCCUCCCCUUAGAUGAUCCGCAGUCAUUCAUUCCUGGUGCGCUAUACGGCCAGCAGCCCCCUACUUCUACGCUCGACGUUGAAUUUAUACGGCCACGGCGACCUAUCCCUAUCCCUGCGACAAACCCUAUCUACUCUGGAGCCUAG